UACAUUUGAACAUUUUUCGGGUAUACAUGACCCUUAAAAAAGACCCGAAACUUCCAUAGAGAGGGGUUUAGAGAGGGUUUUUGGUGGAAAUGUUGAAGUUAACCAAACGGAAUUUGGCAUGGCAGCAGCUGAGACGAUUAUCAACGGCGAUUCGACAAACUGUAGAAGAUGAAGGCGACUGGUUUUAUUCAUCGGAAUGGUGGGGCACAACCUCCGGUGGUGGCGACACAGUUUUCCGAUCAAUUUCCGAUAAGGGAAACGGCGUCGUUUCUGUCGUAGCUUACCCUUCUUCCAAACCAGAAAAUUGUUAUUGGGGAAAAACAGAGAAUUGGCUUCAGAAGAGGUAUGAAAAGAUGUAUCCAGAACAUGAACAGGAAGGGGAUUUCAGGAUUCUUGGUUACCAAUGGCGGAAUCUUCACUUUAAUGAGGAGACUCGUCAAAGCACAGUUAAAAUAAUGGCUGCUUAUAGGGAUUCACAUCCUGGUUCUAUUUACUUGAUGCAGCAGGCAGAGUGUCUCGCUGUUCCAUAUGUGAAGAGCAUGGUCUCUGCUGGGUUGGCUACCAUUGCAUCUUGUAAAUUCGAUCUUGAAAGUGCAGUUUGUGGGAGAAAAACAAUGAAAAUUUUAUGCAUUGGGCAUGGCGGAGGGAGCAUACCGUUAUUUUUGGCAAGUAAAAUCCAAGGUGCUGAAGUGUACAUUGCUGAAAUCGACCCUGUGGUAAUCUCAGCCUCAGUUCAAGCAAUGGGGUUCCCAUCUUACUCAGUUAUGACUCCAUCUGGUAGCCGUGCACACUCAACUACUGAUCCUAUCCAAGAAGUUCAAUGGAAAGGCGUUCAUGAGAGGAUUCAAUUACACGAAUCAGACGCUGAGAAGUUUCUCCUCGAGAACAAAAAUCUCUAUGAUCUUGUUUUCAUCGAUGCAUAUGACGGGGAAGAUAUCUUUCCUCACACGCUAUGGGAUCCACACUCUCCAUUCCUCAAUGCUCUUGCAGACCAACUUCACCCUGAGCAUGGAACUGUUGUCGUAAACCUUCACUCAGAUGUAGACUUCGGGGAUGAUGAUUUCAUUCCACCUGGUUCUCACCUUUUGCCAAUGGGAAAGUAUAUUUCGAAAGUGUGCCGAUCAUAUAAAGAAGCUCUGUUAGGGAGUAAGAGUUCCUAUAAUGGUCUGGCUUAUGUAGUUUCUGUGCCUUGGGUAUGUAAUACAUCUCUUGUUGUGAGCAGAGGUUUAGAGAAAUCUGAUAGAGAUAUGGUUAUGAGGAAUAUCAUCUCUAAAUCCCUAGUUGUUGAGAAUAUUCUUGACUUGCCAUUUUCUUGUAUGCAAUAUCUGAAAAGAGGUUUUACUCUGGUGAGUUAAUAUGAAUUGAAGUGUUUUGCCUUCA